AUGCUCUGUUGUUUACUGUUCCUGAGCUUGUUCGAGCUUGUUCGAGCCUAUUCGGUCAACAUUUAUCCACCUUACCCCGUCAACGGCACCAGUACUACGCAAUUUACAGUCGACGGUCCAUUCGAUGCUCCCAAGUCAAACUUUUAUGAUGAGACAACUUGGGAAUGGUGGUACUUUGAUGCGGUAUCUGACGAUCUCGACCAAGCCAUCGUCAUUGUCUUCAUGAUCAACGCCAUUGCUGCGACGGGCUCUAGCGCUGCCCCUUUCAAUUUCAUCGAAUUCAAUGUAGCGUUCGAAGACGGGACCACUAAAGUGGUUGAUUUGCCAUCCGGUUCGGUCAUCUUGACAACUCAAGGUGACGGCACAUAUGGGAUCAUGAAUGAGACCGGAUAUAGCUGGUUUGAAUCCUCCGACCUGUCCUUCGCAUACAUCGACAUUGACGAAAAGAUUAACAACGAGGCACCGCAUCAUGCCCAAUGCGGUCCAGCCACGAAAGGUGCUUCUUUGGAAGUCGUACCACACCUUGGGUGGCACAACGCUAUGCCGGAUGCGACUGCCCUCAUUAACCUGAACGUAAAUGGUAAGAAACUCAAGUUCAAGGGUGCGGGAUAUCACGAUUCGAAUUAUGGAGACGUGUCUCUCAUCAAGGACCUCGGUACUUGGUACUGGGGUCAUGCUCGUGUUGGACCGUACUCGAUUGUCUGGUACGACACCCUGGACAAUCAAGGGAUCGAACAUCAAUCUGGCUACGCUGCCAAGGAUGGCAAUGUCCUUGCAGAAUCGUGUGGAAGCAUGACUGUUCGUCCCACAGGGCGGAAUUCAACGUAUCCUCCUAUCCCCGGCGCCCCGCCUAGUGGAUUCCACAUUGUUUACGAUAUGGGCCAUCAUGGUAUCCUCGAUGUCAAGGUCACGAACCACGAGGUUGUCGAGGCCGCACCGCCGUUGUAUACACGCUGGAUAGGCAAGAGUGUUGGUGGAAUUAGGGAAAGGAAGUGUACGAAGGCGUCGGGCUCUAUGAGUGGUUGGGCGAUUGAAAUCGGCAAGAGGCAAGCUCCAUCACCUCUCUCAGCAUUCACUCAGCUCCCUGUCUCACCUGUUCCAAGCAAACCUCUCCCAACAUCCUCACCUUCAACUGCACUCCAGGCUCUCAUCCUCCUUGCUGCUUCAGACAGCAUAGUCAAUUUUGAGGGUGAUGCACCUGCUACGCCUGCAAGCAUUGUAGACCUGCAUUGUUGUCUCAAGGCUCUUGAGGCUGCGUUUGAUAAGCCUUUGGCAAAACAGCAGAAAAGGAUGAUGAAGCUGCAAGCAGCCCCUGACCCAGCAAUCUCACCUGAGCUUCUCUCCUCAGGCAAUGAAAACCCUGCAAAGCUAAAGAGACAGCAUUUGGAUGCUAACAAGAUUGGUAUAAGAACAUAUCUGCAGUCCCAAGUGCAUAACCAGCUGUACGCUGCCAUGAAGUACAAGCUGCUGCAGGCGAGGGCUGCAACCUUGGUGCUGGAGCAAGAAAAGAAUCAUCCCAACAAUGUUUCCGUGGAGUACUGUGAGAAGUGGUUGACCAUACCUGUGGUGCUCAAACUGGCUUGUGGCACUUGGCCCCAUUUGAAGCAGGUAUGGACUGCCCAGCGCAAAGAGGAGGAGGACAGUGGGAAAGAGCGGAGAAGGAAACAGAGUGCUGGGCAGCGUGCAGAGAAACAGAGGAUGCAAUGUGUUGAGGCUGGACAAAUGGGAGGCUUACUCAUAAUCCAGCAUGCGAGUCAGAUGCAUGGUGUGAUUCUAAACUUCUGCCAUGAGCACAACCUUGAGGAGCAGUCUGUGUAG